AUGCGUUCUUCCAUCUACCUUACCCUGGCUGCAAUUGUGGCGUCUGUUGCCACCGCCGCUCCUUUUCACAAGCGUAGUCCCGCUCCCGUCUACAGAGAAUGCUCUUCGCCCGGGACUUUUGCCUUGACCUUUGACGAUGGACCAUACCAAUUCUCUUGGGAUCUAGCAAAGUCUCUGCACUCCCAAGGAAUUCCUGCCACUUUCUUUGUCAAUGGCAAGAACUGGAUUAAUGUUGAAACAGACAGUGUCUCCACAUCUGAUGGAACCAAAACAUACAUGGAGGUUCUCAAGAACUUUGAUGAUCUAGGUCAUCAGGUUGCCAGCCAUACCUACGAGCAUAAGCAGCUCGGCGGUUUGUCUUCUGCAGAAGUUGAAUACCAAAUGAACACCAAUGCUGAUAUCAUUGAGAGAGCCAUUGGCAAGAGACCUACUUUUAUGCGUCCUCCAGCUGGCGAAUACGAUGACAGCACUCUCGAAGUUCUUGGCGCCUUGAACUACCAUGUCAUUAUGUGGGAUCUUGAUUCACUCGACUGGGCUACCCACAGCCUUCCUGAUGAGCAGCAGCACUAUGAAACUCUUAUGGGUGGCGAAAGUGGCUCUUCCGGAACUGGCCAUAUCUCUCUUCAGCAUGAGGUUUACCAACAAACUGUCGAUGAGUUUGUUCCAUGGAUCAUUGAAUAUGUUAAGUCCAAGAACUACAGAUUUGUUACUGUUGCCGAGUGCAUUGGUGUCUCAAGUGGCUAUGCCUAA